UGACAGCGUGCAUUUUCGCAGCUUACCAUCAGUUAGGUGGAAGAAUGUAAAUCUGCACAGUAGUGUUUCUCUCUUGGUAAUCAUCUUAUUUGGCGGCCCAUUACAGGGAGGACUUCACUGAGAAAUAGUGUUUCGGAUGAAUGUGGCCUGCAUGUAACCGUGUGCUCGGCAGGUGUUGCGUUCUCGUGCUUAGCUGCUGUUUGGGGUGGCAGGCAUAUCGUGCUCACAAAUGACUGAUCCCCAGCGAAGUUUCAUGCAGACAUGCUCUAACUCGGACCUCGCAGUUGUGGAGACAUUAUCACCAUGAAGGGCUCCAGCUCCAGAUGGGGCUUUUCGCUGGGCUUCGUUUUAGGGGCCUGCAGCAUGUACUUCUUCCUUCGCCAGGUGUGGUUUGAGAGAAGCUACCCUGUGCUGUCAGGAGCUCAGGAAAAAGCCACUGCUGUGAGGGAGAGGCCAACUGCCUGGAGGAGGGAAGGAACUGCUCUCAUCAAUCUGCUCCUUCCUCACCGUACAGAUGAAGACAGCCAGCUGGCAGACGUGUUGUACCAGAAAGUACGUGUUCUGUGUUGGGUGAUGACAGGGCCGUAUAACCUGAAGAGCAGGGCCCGACAUGUCAGGGCUACCUGGAGUCAGCACUGCAACAUCGUGGUGUUCAUGAGCUCUGUGGAGGAUCCUGACUUCCCCACUGUGGGCCUGGGAACUAAGGAGGGCCGUGACCAGCUUUACUGGAAAACCAUUCGAGCUUUCCAUUAUGUCUACGAACACCAUGGGAAUGAAGCAGACUGGUUCUUAAAAGCGGACGAUGACACCUAUGUGGUGGUGGACAACCUGCGCUGGAUUCUAUCCAACCACUCCCCUGAAGAACCCAUUUAUUUUGGUAAACGCUUCAAGCCUUACACCAAACAAGGCUACAUGAGCGGGGGAGCAGGUUAUGUGCUCAGUAAAGAAGCCCUCAAAAGAUUUGUCGAAGGCUUUCGUACCAAGGUUUGCAUACACACAACCCCUGUAGAAGACCUAGCGCUGGGGCAGUGUUUGGAGAAGAUGGGUGUACUGGCAGGAGAUUCCAGGGACACUUUGCAGCGAGAAACUUUUCACCCAUUUGUUCCAGAGCACCAUCUAACUGGCAAGUUCUCCAAGAGCUUCUGGUACUGGAGCUAUUGCUACUACCCAAUUGUUGAGGGUCCACAGUGUUGCUCAGACCUGGCGGUAUCGUUUCAUUAUGUCGAAGCAGAGCUGAUGUACGUGAUGGAGUACUACACCUACCACCUGAGAGCAUAUGGUUAUAUUCCACGCUACCAGCCCUCUCUACGUCACGGUUUGAAUGUCAGCCCGCACUCACAGGCAGCCGUAACGGCAGGACCAGAAGCAGUUCAGGGGGUGAAGGAUGGAAAAACUCACACAACUGCUGCUUUUUCUGUCCGUGGAAACCAAACCAAAGAGGAUACGGUGUCAGAGGAGAGGGAGCGAGGGAAUUUAAACUCCCACCUCACUGUGAACAGGACUGCAGUCGAGUAAGACAGACAUCAAUGAUGUUGUUCUGUAUUUUAGGUGGGACUGAAUGUGUUUUAACUGCAGUGUGUCUGAUCAUCAUGAGAAACUGCACCAGGAACAUAUGUGGCUACUUUCCCUCUGUGAUUGGUUAAAAGGAACUGUGCUAAAAAGCAUGACUUUUCAGAGAACCCUUCUACUAUGCACUAAGAAGUCUUACAGUAUAUUCCAUCCAGUGUGACAACAGUGUUUAAAGAUGAUAAAUAAUUCAGUGGAACCUACAUAUGGCUUGGUUUUGUUUAACGAACGUGAACAGUUGGUUUAACCGCAAUUUAACAUCAUCAGUGUUUGAAUUUAUUAUAGCCAGAGUGUGCUUGGAGUGAUGCGGUAAAAAGUAUUAUCCCAAUUUGUAGUAAUGACACAGCAAUAAAUUGAAUUAAUAUGAAA